CCUCCCUCUCGGCCCCCACCUCCCCCUCCGUCCCCCAUCUCUCCGCUCCACUCCUUGACAGAAUGAGCGGAUUGACAUCCACCAAGCGCGCGGCCAAGGCAAAAUCCGCGGCGGCUUCCACCAGCACCGGCGCCAGCAAGCCCGCCUCUGGGCGCGUGCGGUACCGUGCCUUCUCGUUGCGGGACCACCGCUACUCGGUUGGAUGCGCCGUGCGCAUCCUCAGCCGCGAAGGGCUGGACUAUCUGGCCCGGGUGAAGAAGAUUGAAGGCAACCCCGGGGACUCGGUCGAUGUCAUGAUCACGGUCCGGUGGUUUUACCGCCCGGAGGAAAUCAAAAACGGGAGACGCGCCUACCACGGGAAGAACGAAGUCUUGCUGACCGACCACGAGGACACCAUCCAUGUGGGUGCGGUCAAUGGCCCGGCCAUCAUCCUGCCAUUCAAGGAGUGGCUCGAUCGUCAGCAGCAGUCCGACCCGGAGGAUGGGCCGCAGGACGUCGACGAAGAGCACGUCUUUUACUAUCGGGAAAAAUACGAGCACAUCACCGGGGACAUUUUGACCAAGCUCGAGCAGUACUGCCGAUGCGAGUGUCCCGAGAACCCGGACCGGCUGAUGAUUUACUGCGACACCUGCGAAAAGUGGUUCCACGCCGAGUGCGAGCAGCUCACAGACGAGGACUUGAAGGCCGCGCAUUACAGCUGCGCCGGCUGCCGAGCGGCCCUCAACACCGAGGUGGCCGUGGCCCCCGGGGCGCCGACCCUCGCCUCGGCCAAGGGCGGCCCGGAGGUGUCGCCGGUCAAGCGCGAGACGUCGCGGUCGCGCGCCAGCCGGGGCUGACGCGCCCGCGCGCGCGCGCACAUGCACACACGCGUCCUCCCCCUCGCCUCUCCCUGCACAUCACUACGCUAGCCCACGCACCU